GAGUCCACGUUCACGACGACCGCCGCAUUUACAAUGGGCCUUGCGUGCCAGGAUACUUCCAAAAUCAUAUGGCAAGCGACAGAAGCUAUGGCAUUCUUCGGCCCGCGUCCUGGCAGCAGACUCAACGCCCUAAGCCCCACAGUGAGUCUAUACUUGGCGGAAGUCGUAUUGCUCACCGAGUGGCUGAUUCACGGCCCUCGGGCAUGAGCCCAAUCAACAUGCUCGACUCACCAGGAGUCAUAUGAUUCCCGCGGAUUAGAAUGACCCGCUAUUAGUACCACGAGCCCCUGCGUUCUGGGCGACCUGCAUCUACCGCACGAGCGUCGCGCAGCCCACUACUCGCCUGCGACCUACCUGCGUCGUAACGAGCUCGACAUGCCUCCCGAGAAGCCUGCGCGCUACCUGGUCCGCACGACUGAGCUCCCUCUGUCCGCGCUCGAGCACCGCCCGCACCCUGUCGUAGCGUCCAACGAACGGUACCAGGUGUCGCUUGGGGACAGUGCAGGCCUGACGAAGCUGGGGGUGCACUACUGCCGUCUGCCUCCCGGGGCGACGAGCACGACGCUGCAUUGGCACUCGCACGAGGACGAGUGGUUCUACAUCUUGGAGGCGGGGGAGGACGCGAGGCUGCUCAUCUGGGAGCCCGGGGAGAACGAGCGCGCAGACGGAAAGGUGGCUAUGGAGGAGGAGGUCAUACCGAGGGAGGAGGGCUUGAAGGCGGGGGACUUCAUUGGAUUCAAGGCAGGCAUCCAGAGGGCGCACGCGUUGAAGGCGGGAGAGAGGGAGAUGGUGUAUCUGUUGGGAGGGAGCAGGGAGCCGCUGGAUGUGUCGCACUACCCGGGGAGCGGGAGGAGGCAGGUUGUAGACUCGACGAUGGGGAGCGUGAGUUGGAUGGUGGACGACAAGGAUAUACGACCGUCGGGGAGGAAGCCGCCGCGAUCGGCUGUGCAAAGUUGAGUCGAACGACGGGAGGAGAAUGAAUGAAGUGUGCUAGUGCAUGUAUUGGUAUAAUAUGUACCAGCGGACAUGUCGCGUAGUAUGUGCUCUGAAACAUACGGGUGUGACAUGCUGUGACAUACGUGACCUGACACGGGCCUCGUCCGUCUCGCAUCGACUGCCACUGGCACUAGUACUGCCCGCGCGCGACACUGCGACUACCACACGCGACACUGCGACUACCACACGCGACACUGCGACUACCACACGCGACACUGCGACUACCACACGCGACACUGCGACCACCGCACGCGACACUGCGACUAGUGACUGCACGACCACCGUUUGAAUCGCUUCGCGACCGUCUCCGAAGCAAGACAACGAUGAGUGCUCCUGCAGGACCGCCGCCCACCGUUCCUUCUGUCCUCCUCCCCGAGCUACUUGGCUUCAUACCCCAGUUCCUCCUCGACGAUAUCAUCAACAUUGCCAACGACGAGGCUCGCCAUUCCGUCGACGCCAUGGAACAGUUCCUCCAGCGCUGGGCCGACGCCCGCGUCUCCAAUCCCGACCCCAAGUCCAACAACCCCGACUGGGACCCGACGCAGGAGAUUGAACAGGGCCUCGUCGCGUUCCAGACGCUGCUUGAGUCGCACGUCGACGUCGCCUUUGACUUCUUCGAGGCCUGGUCAAUGCGUAACAUCUUCGCUGUUGACGCCGACCUGCCCGUCGUCGCGCCGCACCAGGCGGGUUUGGACCUCCAGCGCGCCUCGGACGAGCCGGAGAGGGAAGGAGAACUGCUUGCGGAAAUCGACGAACUCAGGCGGAAAGUGCAUGCGCAACGCAAACUCAAACGUCUCUUCACCCGCGCCGUCCGCAAGUCCUCCAAAGACCUCGAGCACGCCCGCGCCCGCCUUGACCGCCUCGCCUUCCUCCGAGCCCCCCAGAUGCACUCUCUCCUCUCCCUUCCCGCCGAGCUCCAGACCAUGUACGCCGCCGUCUCGUCCCUGCCCCCCGUCGACGCUUCCGCGCCUACUCCGGUGCCCGACCAACCAGGAAAACGGCCAUGGGAGACGAGCAAGACCGGCUACCUCAACUGGGCGGUCGCGCAGCUCAUGGAAAGAGCAAAGGAAAGAGCCAAGGGUGAGCAGGCCGACGAGGGCGACGCGUGGUUCGGGGAGGGGAGCGCAGAGGUCGGCGCGGCUGCUGCUGCGGCUUACAGCGUUGGACGGGCCGAGGAUAUGAAGGCCAUUCUCGAGGCAGUUGGCGGCGAUCCGGGUGCGGAGUCGACAAAAGGGAGGAACCUCGAGACAAUGGACACCAGGCCGGGUUGA